UGAAAAAGAAAAAACUGGUACAGACGUGAAGGAACAACAAUAGUAAAAUAAAUAAAUAAAUGGAUGUAACUCCGCGUGGAACUCGAGUUCCUUUUCCUCCUGCACUGCCCUCUCCUCUUUCUUGCUGUUCUUCCUUCUUCUUUUUCUUUCUUAAGACCCAAUUCAAACAUUUGGAAUAUACCUAAAACCCGAAGGCUUGGGAAUCCCAUUUUCUUUCUUAAGACCCAUAUCAAAAUUUUAGAUAAUACCCAAAAUCCCAAAGGAUCGGAUUUCUGCAAAUCUGGUUGAGAGAGAGAGAGAGUGAGUGAGAAUCCGAGGUGGAAAAGUUCAGUCCGAACCGUUGUUUCACCGCCUGGGUUGCUUCGUUGUUGCUUCUCUGGUUUGCUGGGUUUUGCAUCAUUGCUUCACCGCCUGGGCUACUUCUUUCUUCUUCGUUGUUGAUCUCUGCGUUGUUUCUUUUUAUUUUCUUUGUUGCUGCUGUUGCUGUUGCUUCUUUCUUCUUCAUUGUUGAUCUUGCGUUGGUGUUAGAGGUUGGAAUAUCAGAAGCAAAUUGGGGGGCAUGAAGCGGCAGAGAAGAGAAAUGGAGGAUGAGAGGGAGAGGAGAGAGCAGCAGAGAAUUGAGAGAGCAGAAAGGAGAGAGCGGCGGAGUUCCCUUUCCCUUUCAUCACCUGACAUUAUUAGCACUCUACCAGACUCUAUCCUCUGCCACAUCCUCUCCUUUCUCCCAAUCCGAGACUACGUUGCAACAAGCAUUUUGUCAAGAAACUGGAAGCGUGUCUCCACUCUCGUCCCAUCCCACAUCGCCUCUCAUCACCUGCCAACGGCCCUAGUCAUGACCUUCAAUCAGGGUUCUACUGUCAACACCAUGGAUUUUCAUCCACUCCAACAUUUUUUGCUUCUUGCCGGAACAAAUACUGGCGAUAUCACAAUUUGGGAAGUAGGUACGAGGCAGAGGCUUGUUUCUCGAAACUUCAACGUUUGGGACAUUAAAGCGUGUUCAAUGACCUUGCAGACUCUGUUGGCCAAGGAUUAUACUGCUUCUGUAAACCGUGUGAUCUGGAGUCCUGAUGGUGCCCUUUUUGGGGUUGCAUUUUCAAAACAUAUAGUGCAGAUAUAUUCCUAUCAUGGUGGUGAUGAUUUGCGGAACCGCGUGGAGAUUGACGCUCAUCUUGGAAUGGUUAAUGAUCUUGCCUUUUCAAAUCAAAACAGACAACUAUCCAUCAUAAGUUGCGGAGAGGACAGGACUAUCAAGGUGUGGGAUGCUGUCACUGGUAAUAAGCUGUACACGUUUGAAGGGCAUGACGCACCAGUUUAUUCUGUGUGCCCUCAUCCUAAGGGAAACAUUCCGUUCAUCAUUUCAGUGGAUAUUGAUGGGAAAAUUAAGACUUGGUCAUACGAUAACUGCUGUUCAAGAGUUGACUAUGUUGCUUGGGGCCAAUCUUGCAUGAGAAUGGCCUACAGUGCUGACGGGACACGGCUAUUCAUAUGUGGGACUAGUAGAGGAGGAGAAUCAUACCUUGUGGAAUGGAAUAAAUGUAAGGAGGCUAUCAAGCGUGUAUAUCAUGGUCUUUGGAAGCAAUCUGUGGGGGUUGUGCAAUUUGAUACAAUGAAAAGCCAGUUCCUGGCUACUGGUGAUGAGUUUCAAAUAAAAUUUUGGGACAUGGACAAAGGUAACAUCUUGACAACUACUGCUGCAGAGGAUGGAUUACCGGUUUCUCCUUGCAUUCGAUUUAACAAGGAAGGGGUACUUCUUGCUGUAUCAACAAGUCAGAAAGGAAUCAAAAUACUUGCAAAUGCUGAUGGUGUACGACUUCUGCAUUCUAUUGAAAAUACUUUUAGAGUGGCUCCUACAACUAUUGCGAGGGUUCUAGUUUCUUAUAGCAGAAGUUUUCCAGAUACAAAACCUGAUGAAGUGGAGAAAUCUAAGGCUUGGAAGCUGACUGAAUUCAAUGAACCAUCUCAACUUUGUUCACUGCAGCUUCCUGACUGCCUCUGGCCUGUACAGAUUAUUGGGUUGACGUAUACGCACUUGGGAGGUCAAAUUUUGGCAUUAGCAUCCAAUGCUGUACACAAACUUUGGAAAUGGCAGACAAGUGAUGGGAAGGCAACUUCUAGUGUGCCACCACAAUUGUGGCAACCGCCCAGUGGAAUAUUAAUGACCAAUGAUAUAAGUGACACACAUCUUGAACGUGCUGUUCCAUGUUUUGCUCUUUCGAAGAAUGAUUCUUAUCUCUUGUCAACGUCUGGUGGAAAAUUUUCCCUUUUUAAUAUGGCUACAUUCAGGACAAUGACAACAUUCAUGUCCCCACCACCUGCGGCAACAUCUGUUGCUUUCCGCCCAAAUGACAACAACACUAUUGCUAUAGGCUCUGAUGAUUAUUCGAUUCAUAUCUACUAUAUCAGAAUUGAUGAGGUUAAAAUCAAGCUCAAAGGUCAUCAAAACAGAGUUACUGGCCUAACCUUCUCUAACAUGCUAAAUGUUCUUGUAUCAUCAGGAGGUGAUGCUCAGUUGUGUUUGUGGAGCAUGGAUGGAUGGGAGAAGCAUACUAGUAAAUUCUUGCAGAUUCCCCCUGGGCGCGUAUCAUCUCCUCUUGCAUGGACCCGUGUUCAAUUUCACCAAGAUCAGAUACAUGUACUGGCUGUCCAUGAAACUCAAAUAGCCAUAUAUGAGGCACCAAUGUUGGAUUGCCUUAAGCAGUGGUUUCCUCCAGAAUCAAGUGGUUCAGUCACAGAUGCUACAUAUUCAUGUGAUGGCCAGUUAAUCUAUGCAAGCAUUGAAGAUGGUAGUGUGUGUGUCCUUACUGCCUUUACCCUCCAACUGAGGUCUCGGAUUAGUCCUGCUGCAUAUUUAUCUUCUAAUCCCAGCUCAAGGGCUUAUCCACUUGUCAUUGCGGCUCAUCCGUCUAAACCUAAUCAAUUUGCAAUUGGACUUACUGAUGGUGGAGUACAUGUUAUUGAGCCCCUAGAAUCAGAGGGAAGCUGGUGUGUUGCACCUGUACUUGAAAAUGGUGUUGUGCCUAGUGCCAAUUCUGCUGCUGGUUCAGGAUGAUUAUUCAGGGCUUUAACUAAUAACUGCAUGCACACAUCAUAUCUAUGGAGCCCUUUUUAUUCCAAGGGGAAAUGAAAAUAAAGAAAAUGUAUGGCAGUGUUGAUAUUUAAUAGAAGAGACAUAGGAGAACGGUCAUUACCCUCGUUUCCCCCCACCCCCCCCCCCCCCCCCUAUCCUGCCACUUAUGACAUUACUAGCGCAAGGGCUUUCAGAAAUAAUGCACUACCCGGAUUUUGCAGCUGGUCUAGCAGCAGACUGAGGUCAUCUCGAGUUACUAUAUCCCCGGAUUAGGACUGAUGGAGAGAUAUUUACGUCUUGAUAUAAUAAAGAAUAAUAAUCUUGAAUGUUUAGGAACUCUGUAAAAAAUUGUCAGGCUGUGAAAGCUUGAUUUAAUUUUUUAUUUACUUAUUUAGUUAUUCCAUUAAUCAGAUUUAAUUUGUCAAGAACCGUCUAUCCCUAUUUGGUUUAUGUUGUGCAAGCAGCAUGUUUGGUACAUUUGGAGGGGCAUUCUCCUAAUUGAUGAUUAUCAAUGUCUAAUGUCGCAAAUGUGUAAAAUGAUCCGAGGCAUUACUCGUUCAAUCAAAUUUUAGCUUAAGCACGAGUGUCA